AUGGGCGCGGACCAGACAUUUGGGGCCUUCAACGAGCCCGCGGCUGCCGCACCAGCGCUCAGCAGUUCGGCCGCCUCAGCCCUCUUCAACAACCAGCAGCACGGGGUCCGGAGUCUGUUACAGAACCAAAAUGUGAUCAAAAUGCCAAAAUCUCGUAAGUUUUGCUGUUGCGUAACGCUAACAUUCAAAAUUUGACUCACACAAACGAAAGUCAACUAAAAACUCGAACAUUGAAAUGACUGACUGUAUUCAGACGCCCCUGUUCCCAAAAGGGAGAUUCAGCCUUUGGUCCCGAUACCGUCAUCGGCCGACAAUGACUGGCUAGAUAUGCCGGAUCAGUUGCUGGCUAACGUGAGUGUGUUCCACGUUCCUGACAAACCACUACAACUUCAAAGUUCAUCAACGUUCCGUGUCUUCACUUCUCUACCCUUGAACUUGACCAUGAGGACAGACGCCGCUGAUAACGUAAGUUUAAAGUCUGUAACCGAGGAUUAAAUAACAUCACUUUUCCUGAGGCUUAGAUAAAUAAUACAAGUUAACUUUAGGUUACUGGAGUAUGGUCAACCGACUACAUCCCCAGAGGCACCAGGUUUGGUCCACUUCAAGGUGAAGUUUGCAUCAUGAAUCCCUCAGAAAGCACCGUGAUGCCAGCCGAAGCUUCUACACCGCAAAACCCUGACUCUUUAUGUCAUCAAGGCUCUUUCGGCCAGUCUAUCGAAAACAUCCUAUCCGCUCCCAAAAAAUGGAAAAUAUUUUCGGCCAGCGGAGCUCAUGUGGUCAAGCUGAUCGACACUUCAAACACUCAGAAGUCGAACUGGAUGAAGAAUGUCAACUUGGCCAGAUCUAGACCGGUGCAGAAUCUUGUAGCUUCUCAAGUAAGUUUUAGCCUAUUUUUGGUUUUGAUACGUCACCUAUGAUAAUUUUGUAGACUAUCAAAUUAUAAAACACGAUAAAUACUAAGUUGUAACAUUUAAUAUUCUUUUCCUUUAGAUCGACGACCAAAUUUACUUUUACUCUGUGAGGAACAUCCCUCCCAACACCGAAUUACUGUUCUGGUACGGUAAAGACUACUCCCAACGUAUAAAGGUUCCGGCCAACUGUGCAUUCUUCCAAAACCCAGCUCCAGCUGCUCUUCCCAUUUCAGAGCCAGCCAUGCCAGACUCGUCCACUUCCCACAACGAACCUCUGAUUUGUGAGCCGAGCAUCACGGCCGUGUCCAAAACUUCUGAAGUCAGUGACAUGUCGCCGAUUGCUUUUUCCGAACCGGAGCUAGCUAGACUUACUGACCACGAGUCCUAUGCGUCUUCGCAUUCUUCUACAGCAUCAGUUAGUUCAUCGCCCAAUUCUAGAAAACAACCAUCUGAGCACAGUGAUGCUGUAGAACGGCCAAUCUCCCCUCACGCCAGAGCCAACGUUAUUCAAUCACCCUUACACCGUCCCGUUCCUCUAAAGCAGUCUCUUCCCACGUCGUCAACUCAAGGAACUUCUUCUUUCUUCAACCCUACUCCCCACUUCUCUGAACUACUACAACAUUGGACCCGGAUGGCUGGUCUUCCUUCGGUUUCAACCCCUAACCCACCUGUACCGCCUUCACAAAGUGGAUUGUGGUUGCCUAACCCAAUCCCUCAAUUAGGCUCCUUGCCUGAACAAGUACCGGUACCAUCAAACAUUGGGGGCCGGGCUGCCGCCGAGCAACAUCUCUUACCUUCCUUUGCCUCGACUCCCUUGCAAUUCCCUCAGGCUGGUGGACUACCUAACUACACCUCUUUGUACGCGAUGGCCGCUGCUGUGGCUGGCACUCCACACCCGCAGACUGACCUGGCUUCACAGCUGCUGGCUAGCCAGUCGGUCAACUCGGACUUCUGUGUACCACAAUAUCCCGGAAUAAACCAUUUGGAGGCCUCGAAUUCGCUCCAUUUUGGCGUUCCAAAACCUGGAAUCCCAAUCGAUGCCGCGCGACUAUCAGAAACUCCUAAGGUAAGAUCUAACUGGUCUCUUUGAUUUACAUAAUCUAUAUAAAAUCAUUUAAAACUUUAAAAUGAUUUACAGCAGUAAUAAUAAACCAAAAUCUUUAGUUUUCUCAAUCCCACGUCAACGGUAGAACAAGAUACGAAUGUUCCAAGUGCUCCAAGUCCUUCGGUCAAUUGUCAAAUCUAAAAGUUCAUCUCCGCACUCACACAGGUGAGAAACCUUACAAAUGCAAGAAGUGCAACAAAGGAUUCGCCCAGUUGGCGCAUCUUCAAAAACACGAUCUCGUUCAUACAGGUAAGUAAAAAUAAAUAAAACUUUUAAUAAAGUACUAAAAGUUAUAAAUUAUAUAAAUCUCAAAAAUAAAUUUACUACAAACGCUUUGCUAAUAUUGAUUGCGGAAUUUAGGCGAAAAGCCACACCAAUGCGACGAAUGCGGAAAACGCUUCAGCUCGACCUCGAAUCUGAAAACCCACCGACGGCUUCAUUCUGGGCAGCGACCUUAUUCUUGUGAAAUGUGCAAAAUCUCGUUCACGCAACUAGUGCAUUUGAAACUGCAUAAGAGGACACACACAAAUGAGAGACCCUUCAUCUGCUCCACCUGUUCCCGUACCUACAUCAGCCCCAGCGGCCUUCGUACCCAUUGGAAGAACACGUCUUGCAAACCGGCCGCCGGCGAGCUGGGUGACUUGGAGGCUUAUGUAGACACCGUAGAACAACAAACCCCUAACGUACAAAUGUGCUAA